AUGCAUCGUGACUACCAGGUAUAUAUAUUUUUGCCUCUCUUCUCUCUCUCUCUCUCUCGCGGCGAGGCAUCAUGCUAACUGUGUGCAGACCCUCCUCCUCACCUCCGAACCGGACGACAACAGCCCCGUCACCUACAAGGGCCCUCCGAUCGGCUAUGGAGCCCGCGUCGUCCAGCACGCGGCUUCUUCCCCUGGCAAUGAGAGCCAAAUCUACGGCAGUUUGCUUGCUCCACGCCCGCUCUACGUCGAGCAGUGUGAGACGGCUCACUGCGCUUACUGCAAGGUAUCGAGACUUUGA